GUUCUUUCUUCGACUUUCCUCACACUGAUGCCAAGAGUCCCUGAGGGCGCAGCUGUUGCCACAGUCACAUCUUCUGACAGAAGGAACCAUGACCAAGGCAGCAGACACCAAGCACCAUCAUUCUAUGAUCCAGAGGCUGUUAAUUCUAUUGAGCUGUGGAUACACCAAGCUGCUGGCUCAGUCUCCUACUCUCUGCUGUAGUUUUGACGUUAACAACACAUUCAAUGACAAUGUCACAUCUGGACUGUGGAACUAUGAAGUCCAAGGUGAAGUGAAAACAGUACCUUUUAUUCUCAACAGAAAUAACAAAUGUCAUGUCACUAGUGAUUUUGAGAACAGACUCAAUGCCACAGAGAUCUGUGAAAAACAGCUUCACAGUCUACAAGGUCAAGUUUAUCACUUCCAAGAUGUGCUACUUCAAAUGCGGGGGGAGAAUAACACAAUCAGAGAGCCCCUCACUCUGCAGUCCAUUGUGUGUGGCUGGUAUGCAGAUGAACGAUUCAUGGGAUCAUGGAAGGUAUGCCUCAAUGGAAGCAAAAUAUUUCAUGGUGACAUCAAGAGAUGGCUUCACAUCUAUUCUGGAACCAACUGGACAGAAGAGAUAUUGGAGAAAAUCAAAAAUCUAAAUGACUUCUUAAACAGGACAUCACAGGGUGAAUUCAAGAACAAGUUUAAGGAGUAUAAUUUGCACUGUAAGGAAAACCAGGAGCCUACAGCCUUGUCAACCACUGCAGAUGUGGGCCGACCUUCAUCCAGAGCAUGCACAUCCAACCCCUCUGUCCUGCUGAUAAUGCUCAGCUGCUUCCUUCUGUAUGUUUUCUGAGGGGAAUCCUUGACAAUGACAGGGUGAAGAUGCUCCAGAGAAAGUCAUGAGAAUUCAUCUGGUGCAGCCACUGCCCCUUUCAUCAUCCUCAACACAUGACUCAUCAUGCUGAUGACAAAGUGUUUCAAGGUCUUUCCACUCCGUGCUAGGCACUGUGGCCCUUGCUAACCACAGGCUACUUUAUCUCUGGGUGAUUUGCCCAUAAUAUGGAAUUACAUGAUCUAGAUAUUUGGAUAAAAAAAUAGUGAUGUAUCCAUACCAAGCACAAGAAAUAGAAUAUUCAGAUCUUCCUAAUGGGAGUGUGAUGGUUCUUCUCCUGUAUAUAUCAUCAUCAGUGUCUAUGUGAGAGUGAGACAGACUAGGAAGAGCCUGUACAAGGCAACAUUCUGUACACUACAAUUGAAAAAAUAGAUAUAUGUGCUAUUGAAUAUGACUAUAUAUGAUAGAAACAAACUACUUUAUAACAUAAAGUGACAGUUUAUAAUAUUAUUACUUUUAUAGGUGAGUUUUUGUGAUAUACACUAAGUAGUCCAGCUAUGGCCACAUGUACACUGGAGCAGCAGAGAACUUGGAACCCACUCUGUCCGAUAGACUGGAUGCUCCUGCAGUGGCAAUCUGGUAGUGAAAUCUGGAAGGUCCUGGGCAGCUGUCACUACUGAUUCCACACCCUUUGGCAGGUUCUGGGUCAGUGCUGCUCUCCACUGUGCUGAGAGAAGCUCCUCUGUGCACAUCUAGAAGCUGUGAUGCAGGGGAGUGAACUCAUGAUUGUUGCCUCUGACCUCUACAUGGGCACUUUUGCACAAGUGCACUAGCACUCACACAUUCUAAAAUUGUGGUGAUUAUAGAGUGUGUAGUUCACUGUUGAAACACUUUCUGUUUUGAAGCAGGGUCUCACUCUGUAGACCAGGCUGUCCUGGAACUCACAGAAACAUACCUACCUUUGCCUUGCCAGCAUUGGGUUUAAUGAUGUCUGCCACCAUGCCUGACUGGUCAUUUGAAUAUAAGCUCUAAAAGUGUGCUACUACAGAAUUAGAGCUUUAAAAUGUCACCAAUGUCACCCAGAUUAAUUUGUAAAUUUUAGCAGCAUUGUUUAGACAAGCACUACUGAUGUAUCUGAGGCAUCACUAAAGGAAACCUGCAACAAGUAAGCCUAGGAACCAGAAAAUGAGGAGUGUGUGUUUAGUAGGGGUCAGAGGUGACUACAUCAGGUCCCCAGACCUUAGCACAACUGACUCCAUGAUGGAAGUGUUAUUCAGGCUGUAAAACUCAGCACACAGACAUCACCUACAGCCAAAAUGAAACAAAGACCUAAUCCACCAAAGUCCAUAGUUCUGAGAAAGUCUCUAAUUGUAACAACUUUGCUUUUUGGCUUCUGUAGCUCUGCUUCUGGAUAAACCAUAAAGUGGUUUUGUGUUUAAAAGCUCACCCUGGGGAUGGCUCAUUCUACAUUGGAAUUCCAAACAUUUAGAAUAAUCAGGGCCAGCUAAUGAAGAGUUUCUAUUGGCUUAAACACCUUUGGUGGGGAGUUAAGUAGUGGAGCAAGCACAGAGAAGAAACUGCAGUCAGGACAUAAAGUAAAGUAAUUAAUCUAAAAAAUAGUCUGAGCAGUCUUCUCUGCUGAAUUCCCCUAGAACAGUAACGUCUAUCCUCCAAUUUCCUUACUAGGAGGUCUUUAGUACAGAUUCCUGAUAUGUAAUUAAUCACUAAAUGUCUUUAAUGGGAUCUCUUUCUAUUGAGAUAUUUGUAAACUUUCUUCAUGUGAUUGGUUUACAGAUAUUCAGGUUUCUGCAAAUGGGUGCUGUCUAUAUUAUAGAAUUUUUAGUUGAAAUUUUCAAAAUACUCUUUGAGUAUUCUCUUGUAAUUAUAUUACUUUACAAGGUUUGUGGGGCAUCUCUUUCAUUUGUGAUUACAUGGUUGCAGUAUUCUUUUUGUUCUUAGUCAGACUGUAUAAUUGUCUGUGAAGUCCAGUAAACUUUUG